AUGCUGAAGUUCAUGUGGUUGCUGAUAGGGGGCCACACUAACUCCUGCUUGAUUACAGAGCAGCAGGCAGAUCUCAUUGAUGGCCAGUCACACACCCCUCCCCGCCAGGUGAACGGGGUCCUGGGAGGUUCGGUGGCCCUCUCCGUGAACCUUGGUCCACAGGCCAAACUGAAGGAGAUCGAGUGGAGCUACCGGGCUGGAUCUGGCCCAGCGCUGCUGGUGGCUUUGUUUCGGGAUGGGAAAUUCGAGCGGCCUGAUCCUGGUGACCGGUUUAAGCAGAGGGUAGAAAUGUACAAUGAGACGCUCAGGAUCAAGGCAUUGGAGCUGAAUGACAGCGGUGUCUUUGGGGCCCGAGUGAAGUUAUUCCCAGCUAUCGUUGAGGAUCAGAUCUUCCGCCUCAUGGUCUAUGAACCUGUCUCUACUCCGCGGAUACAGAGCCAGCUGGUCUCCAGCACCUCCAAGUGGUGCAAUGUGACCCUCCAGUGUCUCUCUCCGGGAAGGGAGCAGGUCAACGUCACUUGGAGGAAAGGAAACCCGAUCCGGGAGCUCGGGAGCUCCGACAGAUACCAGGUCUCCCCCGAUGGCAAGACUCUCCGCCUCUCGCUGCUGCCUGCCUCCCUGAACACCACCUACUCCUGCACGGCCAGCAACCCCAUCGAGCACAAGAUCGUGUCCUUUGACUUGCAGAGGAUCUGCCAGAGUGGAGCUGAGGCGUCUUUCUCCAAGUCAGGCUACGUCGUCCUGACCUUCAUCCUGCUAGUGCUGAGUCUUGGGGCUGCUUUCUGGUGCUGGAGGAUCAAUAAUGAAAAAUCAGCAGAAGCUGUUACCAUUCCAACUGUGCAAGUGGAGGAGAGCCCUUCAGACCCCCAGUAUGCAGAGAUCCUUCGAAGGAGCCCCCCAGAAGGUAACAAUAAGUCCCUAGGUCUCCGGGAAAAUAAUGCGGAGAGAAGCCCCCAGAAAGAACGGCUUGUCACGACUAUUUACGACCAGAUCCGAAGGACCCCAGACAAUUCUUCUGAAGAAGUCACAUAGGCCUGCAGGAUCCAGCAAAAGGGAUUUUGUCAAGAAACAUCACCUUUGCAGGGGCCAAAAACCAAAUUAUGUGCCAAACCCUCUAAGCACCACUUGGGACUUGCCAAGGCUACUUUUUGAUUUUGCUUUUUUUGGCACAGAAGAGAAGAGAAUAUUUCCAGGGCAAAAUUCCCUUUCCCCCCCCUUCUAUUGUGAAACCUUGUUUUCUGCUACAAGCCCUCACUCCGAAGUUACUAGAAGUCCUCACUCUGAAAUGGCCGGAAGCCCUCACUCCAAAGUGGCUUGAGGAUAUCUUGCUAAAGCUGAACCCUGGAAGGGAGAACGAUCCGAGGCUUUGUAAACUAUGGAGCAAACUAUUCUCCAAAAGGCCAGUCCAUACAAUGGUGUUUUCCGCCUGCCUCAAAAAGAGCAAAUAGGGAGGUGGAGACUUGAGAUAUCCAUCCAGGGGGAAAUUGGGCAGAUUGGUAGAGACUGAAAGAUUGCCCAACACUCUUCUCCUGAAAUGUAAGCCAUUGUGGGCAGCAGCAACAUGCAACAGAACCAUUCUAACAUGCACGUACAUGGAUAAAAGGAAGACUCUGCUUUUGAGAUGGACAAGACGUCAGUAAAUAAAUAUUCAGACUUACAUCCCAUAAAUGUUUUAGUAAGCCUGUCCAUGGCUGUUUUUAAGCAAGAGAGAGGCCGUCUAUGAAUGGAUGCAACAUCACGCUCAGGAUAGAACCUGUCAUCCAACUGCUAGACCUGGAUCUCCUCUUAGCUGUCACAAUAGACGUCCCUUUGGGCUGCUCCGUGUAAGAGGGCUGUGGACUCUUGACUGUGCUAUCAAUCCUAUCCUUGUGCUCAUGGUGUAUCGAAGUAAACAUGAAAGCAAAACUAGCGCUCCUACAUUCUAGUUUUAAACAAAGCUAAGAGGAAGGUGAUGCUGCCACGGAUUGAUCAUCCUGAAUGAUGGAAUUCAUGAACUGGGACCGGAAUGAAGAUGGGUUCCUGCUUGUGGGAAAGGGGUGGGUGCAACAGGGUGUGUUUGCACAUCAACGCGGUGGAAGAAAUGGUCCUAGCUCAGGGACAGUCCUCGGCUAGAAGGACCAAUGGUCUGACUCAGCAGUAUGCAGCACUUGGGCAA